GCCAGAUGCACAGCUUGGGUUGCGACAUCUCCGCCUUCUAACAAGCUUGCUACGUCUUUUUUUCCCCAUGUGAGGUGGACCCGAGACAAACGUCUUUCUAGAAGGAAAGCGAAGCCUUAAAAUGACCACACUAUAGCCAGGUCUUGAAUUUCAUGGCAAGAUGUCUAAGAAAAGGGGGAGGAAACGUAGCAGUGACGAGUUGAGUGACUCCACUUCGGGUUCCAGUCACCUCCUCCCUUCCCCCACCUCCCCCUCCCCCUCCACCGCCUCGCUCGACCUCGCCGACCCCAACUCCUGGAACGCCCUGCUAGGCAAGCGCAUUCAGCACACCUGGCGUGAGAAGGGCGCGCUGACCAAGUGGCGGGGGACGGUGCUGGAGCGACUCACCAGCGUCAACGCCUCGCUCUUCAUGGUGAAAUACGACGGCUUCGACUGCGUCUACGGCAUCGAACUAUUUAAGGACGAACGCGUCUCCAACCUUCAAGUUCUGAACGAGAAAGUUGUAAACAACAAGAUCAAGAUCCCGCACGAUGCGGAGGUGGAGCUGGUGGGCAAGGCGGUGGAGCACACGUUUGAGAAGGAAGACGGCGACAAGCACGAGUGGCGCGGCAUGGUGCUGUCGCGCGCCCCCGUCAUGACCAACUGGUACUACAUCACGUACGAGAAGGACCCCGUCCUCUACAUGUACCAGCUGUGGGACGACUACAAGGAGGGAGACCUGCGCAUCCUCCCUGAAGCAGAGAAUAAGCACCUGUUACCUGCUGACAGGAAGCCGGGGGAGGAGACCGAGAGCCUGGUCGGGAAGCAAGUAGAGUACGUGACGGACAAAGGCGUGAAGAGGACCGGCCUGGUCAUCUACCAAGUUCCCGCCAAACCCUCCGUCUACUACAUCAAGUACGACGACGACUUCCACAUUCACGUCUACGACCUGGUCAAGACCACCUGAAGACCACCAGCGGCCAUUUGUAGUCUUUUGUCCCAUUGAAACCCAUUAUAAGACGUGGCUAUUGGGACUACAGAAAAAAGCCUCUUCAGUCAGCCACUUUGCAGUCUUUUCUCCCAUCGAAACCCAUUUUAAGACGUGGAUAUUGAAUUACGCAAAUGACCCAAAAUGGCUUGUCCGCUCGCCCCACAGCCUCUUCAGUUAGGCACUUGUAGUCUUUUCUCCCAUUCAAACCCGUUAUAAGAAGUGACAGUUGAACUACAAAAAUGGCUCAUCAGCAUUUAUCUAUCAAAGCCUACGACCUCCACACACCAGAAAAGACUUAUCAAGACUCAUCAUCAGCAACAAAGAAACGACAACUUGUGCAAUCUGAGAUUAACCACUGAGGAUUAGUCGUCACCAAUCACAACCUUGCAAAGCAUAAUAGGCCUGGUCACCAAAUCUCCCCUAAAAAGAUGUUGAAAUCACCUGAAAAGACAAAAAAAACCCAAAUCAGACUCAAGAGAAUGUCCACUCGUAGUCUUUAAUCCCAUUGAAACUCAUUAUAAGGCAGAAUGAUUGAACUACAACAUCGGCCUCUUCAAGCAGCCCAGUGUGUAGUCUUUCCUCCCAUUGAAAGCCAUUAUAAAGACGUGGCUAUUGAACUACAAAAACGGACUGAAGUGGCUGUAACUCAAACACAUGGAGACAUCAGUCGUCCCUUUCACAAACUUUCAUCAACAGCAAAGUCCCUUCGUCAAGUGUCCCCUAACUUCAACAUAGAGAGACUCGCAUCAUGUUGUACCUGAAACAAACCAAUCACGUCGUCACAACAGUCUGAAACAUGAAAGACUUUCAUCAAGACCAGUCAGCAAGGACAAAGAAACAAGAAAAAGAGUUUGUGAUGCCUAUGGAGGUUAAAACUACAGUUCCCAAGAUGCAUUGAGGAUAGCUAUUAGGCAAUGGAUGGGUAGUCCUAUACAACUCAAAACACAUGGAUGCCUAUGGAGGUUAAAACUACAGUUCCCAAGAUGCAUUGUGAAAGUAUUCCAAAGUUCAAUACGCAGACAGACACACACACACCAUGUCGCUGAAAAGAAUAAUGAUGUCACCACAGUGUGAAAACAUGAAGACCUACAUGUUUUGUCGUCUAGACGUGUCAUAAACGACAAAAGACUCAAACGUUACCGAAGUGUCCCAACGUUCAAAUCAAAACGAGACACACGUGGUCACGUAUAUACACAUCAUGUUGUGUAUCUGGAAAGAAUGAUCUUGUCGCAACCGUUUGAUUGAAACAAAAAUGUUUUGUUGUUUGAAAAGACAUUGUCACUGUCAGUGUAUUUGAUACCUCUUAGAAAUGAGAAAUCAUCCUGAUCUGCACAGUCCUACUCUAUUCCCCCACAAGUCUCUAAAUUAGCACCAGCCAUACGGCCAAAUCCUGGUGAUAUUUCAGUUUGGCUGGUAUGAAAGACCACUUCGAGUGAGUGUGUCUUUAGCUAGUAAGAUUAACAUCGAUUAGCCAUUUUGACAAGUGACGAAAAAAGUUAUUUUAGAGCCCUGGUCUAGAAACUUGAAGCAUGUUGGUACAUAUUUUGUUUUCACAGGCACAUCCACCAACCUCUUCUGUUGGGUGUAGAACUGGGAUGUAAGGUGUGGGAUUUCCAAAUUCACCUCUUUCAAGGCCACCUAAAUGUUUGGCAGUUUAGUUCGGAAAAAAAGAAAAAAGAAUUUGCAUCAUUGCAUCACAGUGUCAAACAAAUGACAAACUUCUACUUCUUUUCCGCCAUUGAAACCCAUUUAGAAGUGUGGCUGUUGAACUGCAAAAAUAUCCAGGAACUGCUGACAACACACACCGGCUGAGCGUCAUGCGAGCUCUUUUCUGUGCCCUCCUGCUCGCUCGCACCAUGAGUGCGUUACAAUAUGCUGCCUUGCUUCCUCCACUUGUGCUUGUGGCCUCGCCCCGCCUCCUGGCCCCUCCUCCGUGGAGAAAACAAUAAAGUUUCCCAGCUGUCAGCCUAGCCACAACAACUUUUGGGGGACUGUUUUUCAUUCACCAUGCCAAUUGCAAAUGAGAAAAAGACUUUACAAUUGAGCUUUUUCAAGAUAUUGAAAUGUAAUGCUGUGGUCAGUGAUGUCAUCAUGACAUAUUACUUCCUGCUACGAGGCCACAAGCACAAGUGGAGGACACAAGGUCGCAUAUUGGAUCGCACCCCAUGACGACCACACCAACUCUGCACAUCAUGCACGUGGGGCCUAUACUAAGCAGCUGGGUCAGGAGUUACUCCACUUCCCAUUGUCAUUGUGACACAGCACUCAAGUGAACACUGCACACACAACAAAAUUGUAUUUAUGCCUCACCCGUGCAAGGGGGAAGCCCUCAAGGGAGCAGUGUGACGGGAUGGUACCAUGCUCUGGGUACCUCAGUCAUGGAGGAGGAUGGGGGAGAGCGCUGGUUCAUUACUCCCCCCACCAACCUGGCGGGUCGGGAGUCGAACCGACAACCUUUGGGAUACAAGUCUGACACCCUAACCGCUCACCCAUGACUGCCCGUAGAACAGGUUAAGUAAACCAGGUUAAGAGGUAAAUCAUCUAAUAGAAGAGCCUGGAGUCUCUAUCAGACGAUUUACCUCAUAAUUUGACCUGGUUUACUCCUGAACCAUCUUCUUAGUGUAGACCCGUGGGGUACAGCCCAUUAUCCAAACUCCUAGCCAGGGGGCCUAAUCCCAUGCUGCUUUGCACCAGGGGCGCUGCCCGAAAAUGCUGGGCCCCAUGAAAGAUUCGAAUUUUGGGCCCCCUUAAGGGCCCCUCUCAGUGCUUCCAGUGCUUGGGCCCUUAGAAUCUGUACCAUUUCCCCCCCCCUAGCGGCCCCCAUGCUUUGCACUAUCGUUCUGAUCUGAAAGACAGCAUGGAUUCUAUCCCUCAGUGAGGACACCAGGGGUGCAUUCCAAUAUGCGACCUUGCCUCCUUCACUUGUGCUUGUGGCCUCGUCCCGCCUCCUGGCCCAGCCUCCGUGUAGAAAACAAAGUUUCCCAGCUGUCAGCCUAGCCACAACAACUUUUGGGGGACUAUUUUUCAUUCACCAUCCCAAUUGCAAAUGAGAAAAUUACAUUAGAAUUGUGCUUUUGCAAGAUAUUGAAUUAAUUUUGUGUCGUCAGUGACGUCAUCAUGAGGUCACAAGCAGGCAAGUGAGCAAGGGAGAUUGGAUAACGGAAAGAACCCAUAGUGACCUGAUGUUGAGCGCUCGCCGGUCUUUUUGUAGUUCAAUAGCCACGGCUUACAAUGGGUUUCAGUGGGAGAAAAUACUACGCACUAGGGGCUACCUGAAGAGGCCAUUUUUGUAGUUCAAUAACCACGACUUACAAUGGGUUUCAAUGGGAGAAAAGACUCAAAUCAUGGGAAAUUGAGGACCGAUGGGGGCGGGCCGACCUGGUAGUUGCCCAGGGCAGCACCCGAGAGGGAGUGGCACCAUCACGAAACCCCGCCCCCAUCACAAACGUCGGCAUCGUGAAAAGUUAUUUAAUCAUUAUUCAUUAAAAAUUCAUUUAAGUGUUAUUUCUACACUAUUAUCACAUUGUUGGUUAUUGUGAGAUCAACUUCUACAACGACAACUUACAAAACCCCCAAUCCUGUAGCAAAUGGCCUCUUUAGGUAGCCAAUGUUUAUACUCAUGAACGGCGUGACGUUUUCCAUGUGCGUUACGCCCAUUUGUGGGGGAAAACAACCCAUGCAAGUCAAUUGGUGAUGUUGGGGUUUAAUAAACGAAAGGUACGGCCCUGCAGACUGGCGUUGUUCACGCGAAACAUGCCGAAAACUUGUUGUGUUGCCGGCUGUUGAAAUAAUAGAGCCAAACAGCCGUGGCUGAAGCAUGGACUGUGUUCAUUUAGGCUAGCCGAUGUAGCAUGUAAGUCAAUGAGACAUUCGGUUUGUUUUCACCCAUAAAGAGGCGUAACGCAAAUUUAAUAGCAAGGUACCCGGAUGGCCGUUCAUGAGUAUAGAACACUGCUAUUGAACUACAAAAAUGGCCUCUUCAAGUAGCAAUGUUUGCAGUCUUUUGUUCGAUUGAAACCUAUUGUAUGACAUGGCUAUUGAACUACAAAAAUGGUACACAGCCUCCCCCCACCACAGUGUGUAAAACAACAGAAACAAAUGUAUGUAUAUACCUGUUAACCAUUUACAUGUUUUCAAAAACCAACAAACAUCACAAAUUAUGCUGAAACUCCAGGGUCUGGAAUCCAUUGUCACAGGGUAGAGAUGGCCGACUUUGUUAGUCAGUAUUGUAGUCUUUUCUGUCAUUGAAACCCAUUAUAAAAGACUGCUAUUGAACUACAAAAAUGGCCUCUGCUGGCAACCCCGCAGGUGAGAGCUACAACUGCUUUUGGGUAUUGGCACAGCUUGUUGUGUUUUCCUUUUCUUUUCUUGUGUUAUUUUGUUUUUGCGCUCUUGUAAAUUAAAUGCCAAAAAUGCGACAAAUUAACGUGUAAAAAAGGGUAACCCUCUAGAAUGACUACCCCUAAAAAGCCUUAUGAACACUUCAUAAAUAAUGAAGGAGUUAUCAACAAAACAUUUACAAACGAGUAAGAAAUACUGUGUUCGGUAAAAUGCAGCCAGUAGAAGUGGACUCCUCCCACUCCACAGUGCAGCCACAGAUUGGUUCCUUUGCACACGUCUGUUAACGGUUGUUGCCUCAUCGUCACAUUAAUACGUUGUAAUGAAGUGUUUAUGAAGCCUUUUUAGGGGUAGUUAUUUUUAAAGUGUUAUCGUGUUAAAAAAAAUGUGCUUGCGUGUCAGAGUCCACAUGGUAAAAAAUGCUGGUUCCUUGCCCAGUUUGUAGUCUUUUCUCCCAUUGAAACCCAUUAUAAGAUGUGGCUAUUGAACUACAACAAUGGCUUCCUCUUCCUGGGUUCGGGAGUUGGACUGUAGAUCCCAGGUUCUGUUGUCAGGCCAACCAGCACGGCACCAGUUACAUUGGAAUUUAAAGGUGCACUGUGUAAUUGUUGUUAGUCAGUUUCUUUUCAAAAUUCAUGCUGCCCUUUCAUAAAUGUUACCUUUUUCAUGAAUAUUUACCACCACCGUUAAGGUCUGCCAUUUUGACAUGUUUUGCUGCAAAGCUUACUGUACUUUGGUCAUGCUAGUAAAUAUUAGUUCAUUAUUUUGUAAAUGUUCAUGAAAAGAUUUGAUUUGGCAACAGGCAGCACAGUGUCCGUGAACUACACCGCACUCUAAACAUUUCCGUAUGUGACCAUUUGCUAACCGGAUGAACCUACUGACGUCCACGUUGUCAUCACGUUGUGCGGAGAAAACCAUGUAGCCUAAUUUUGGUCAGCAUUGUGAAUAAAGUUUAUGUUGUCGAGCUUCUCAGACGCACAGCGUGAAUAUGCCGGCCAGUGUGAGAUUAGGUGCGGGAACGGGCACCGGCACGGUUCUCUACCUUAAGAGGCCAUUUUUGUUGUUCAUUAUCCACGUCUCAUUAUGGGUUUCAAUGGGAGAAAAGACUACACUAAAUAUUUUGGCUAUUGAACUACAAAAAUGUCUUAGCCUAGAGUGUAGUCUGUUCCCCCAUUGAAAUCCAUUAUAAGACGUGGCUAUUGGACUACUACAAAAAUUGCCUCUUCAGGUAGCCGUUUGUCGUAUUUUCUCUCAUUGAAACCCAAUUGUUGGUUCUCCGACGACCUGAAGGCGCCUUGUGUGGAAGGACUUCCCAAAAGAAACAAGGCUAUCUGAAGAGGCCAUUUUUGUAGUUUGAUAGCCACGUCCUAAUGGGUUCCAACAGGAGAAAAGACUACAAAAAUGGUGUCUGAGGAACAAUUUUGUGAUUUUUAACGUGGUGUGUUAGAGGAGGCAGACCAUCAUUGUCACAAUGUCCUGAACAUGUAAUAAUAAAAAUGUAUAUAUGAUCACCAGAAGAACACGAUUGUUUUUUUGUUUUG